AUGUCUAUGAGCAAUCAUCCCAAGGCAUAUGGAACUGCGGCAAUUGCAGUUGCAUUCGUCGCAGGAGUUCUGUUGACAUUGGGUUUCAAGGAUUUAUAUCCAGAUUUAGAACGAAGAUAUCAAAGACGGCCAAAGGGCAAGGGAAUUGGAAUUAUUGCAUCGGAUUCUUCAUCAUCUGAUCUGAGGCUAGUAGGGUCUAAUCUUCAUCCAUUAAAACUAGAAGAUCGAACUCGGAAAUCAAUCCUGGGAUUACCAAAACCUCUAAUCCCAGAAGGAAUAGAAGGAUGCAUUGGGAACACUCCGUUAUUCAAGAUUAAGAGUCUUUCCGACGCAACAGGAUGUACCAUUCUUGCCAAAGCUGAAUUUCUCAAUGGAGGUGGUGGAAGUCCUAAAGAUAGAGUAGCGUUGAAUAUGAUCACGAUGGCAGAAGAGGAAGGAUUCUUGAAGCCUGGUAGAGGAGAUACUAUUUAUGAAGGCACUGUUGGAUCAACCGGUAUCUCACUUGCGACUUUAGCACGUGCUAGAGGUUACAAAGCAUAUAUCUGCAUGCCCAAUGAUCAGAGCACAGAAAAAUCAGAUCUUCUUCAUCACCUUGGUGCCACAGUUGAAAGAGUCACUCCUGCACCAAUCACUUCUACAGAGCAUUUCGUCAACCUGGCAAGGAGAAGAGCGAAGGAGCAUACAGCGUCCAAAAUGGAUUCUAGUAGAGGCUUCUUUGCCGAUCAAUUCGAAUCCGCUGCAAAUUAUCGAGCACAUUUUCAAUCUACCGGACCUGAGAUUUAUGCCCAGACAGGAGGUGAUAUUGAUGCUUUUGUGGCCGGAGCUGGUACAGGAGGAACCAUCUCAGGAGUGGCCCUCUAUUUGAAACAAGAGCAACUCAUGGGACAAGACUUAAAAGUCGUACUCGCCGACCCAGAGGGAAGUGGUCUUUACAAUAAAGUAAAACACGGCGUGAUGUUCUCUCCAACCGAGAAAGAAGGCACGAGACGUCGGCAGCAAGUUGAUACUAUCGUUGAAGGGAUUGGAGUCAACCGCUUGACACAAAACUUCGAAGCUGGACGAGAAAUUAUCGAUGACGCCGUCAAGGUGACAGACUUGCAGGCACUUAAAAUGGCGAGGUGGCUAGUGGAAAAGGAUGGAAUCUUUGUGGGAAGUAGCAGCGCUGUCAAUUGCGUGGCAGCUGUCGCAACUGCGUUGGAAUUAGAAAAGGGAAGUACGGUGGUCACUAUUCUUUGUGACAGCGGAACGAGGCAUUUGAGUAAAUUUUGGAAGAAGGUUGGGGAAUUGGGAUUGGAAGAGGAACAUGAUAACCAAGUCUUGGUGGCUCAUUUAGGCCUUCAAUCUGCAGGAAAGUAA